AACGUCGUUGCGCCAGCCUCGUCUCUUCGUUUCUUGCUCGUAACGUUCCGUUUCACAUGUAGUUUCUCACGAGGGUCGAAGUCCGCUGUAAACGGAGGCGUCACGCGUUGGUGGAUUCGAAGGACGAUCGUAUACGCAGACGAGUGAUCGGGGGAAUGCAGUGUCGAUAAGUGGUUAUGCCGAGUUUAUUCGCGGAAAAAAGAAACGAGGCGGAUUAUCGUUUCCCUCGUUCGGUGGUGGUCGAGUGGUGAGAUCCCUGGCGACGGGGCGGCGAUACGCACGAGAUUGAACGUUCCUGUUCUUUUCUCUUCUUUCUUCCUCCCCCUCGUCUGUGACACGGAAGAAGAAAAACGGGGGGAAACGGGGUGUCGUAUCACGCUCCAGAAUCGACUGCUCGUACACCGCGGGAAAUGGUGUUGUGAUAGAGUGACUAUGAGUGCGUGACGACGGCAACGCUUACGAUCUGUGGACGACUGGCUCACGCGACGAGAGGAGAGUCGGUGUUUAGAAUUCGACCCCGUGUCUGUGCUCGUACGUGCGUGCGUGCGUGCGUGCGCGCGUGAAGGAAAGGAACGACAAUUGGUCGGAAUGGAGGCGACACGGGUUGGUUUGGUGCUGCUGGGGAUCGUCUGGUCCCUGUUGCUGAACGCGGGCCCGAUACACGGGCGCAGCAUCACGAGCCUCGAGGCACCGAGCGGGUGCGAGUGGAAAAAGGACGGAGAGGACGGAGAAAAAGCUCUGGCCUGUAGGGUUAGGACUAUCGCCAACGUGCCCAGCCUAAUUGGCAAUCUCUCGGCCAUUCAAGUGGACUCGAUCGGUUCUUUGGCCUUGGAAUGCAGCGACGUGUUGUUCUUCGAGAGCCAGAUAGACGGGCCGCACGGAUUCUUCUCCCCCCUGCCCCGCUUGGAGAAGCUUCGCGUUGAUUAUUGCAAGAUCCGCUAUCUUCCAGCCGGUGUUUUCGCGUCCGCGCACAAUUUGCGCGCUUUGUCGUUGAUCACGCACAACGGCGACUGGUCGGCGAUGAGUUUGGAGCUUCACAGGGAUUCGUUGCGCGGCCUCGCGCAUCUCCAACACCUCGAUCUGGCCGACAACAAUCUGUGGACGCUCCCGGCCGAGCUGCUCUGCCCGGUGCAGAGCCUCGCCACGUUGAAUCUGACGCGCAACAAGUUACAGGACAUCGUUUCCCUGGGAUUCUCCGACACGGCCGAAUCGUGCACCCCCAAUCUCGAGGUGUUGGAUCUGAGCAACAACGACCUGACCACGAUCCACGAUCGAGCGCUCAGCAAUCUGCGCAGCCUGACCGUGUUGAAGCUCCAAGAGAACGCGAUCAACGCGGUCGGCGAUCACGCCCUGGCCGGUUUAACGGCGUUGCACUCCCUCAACGUGUCGAGCAACCGUCUGGUCGCGUUGCCACCCGAGCUGUUCUCCAAGACGAGGGAACUGAGGGAGCUGAUACUCAGCAACAACUCGUUGGCGGUGUUGGCCCCCGGCUUGUUGGACAACCUGGACGAGUUGCAGAUAUUGGACCUGAGCGGGAACGAGUUGACGAAUCGUUGGGUGAACAGGGACACGUUCUCGAGGCUGGUGCGCCUCGUGAUCCUCGACCUCUCCCGCAACGCGCUCACCAAGAUCGACGGCCACGUGUUGAAAGGAUUGUACAGCCUGCAGAUAUUGAAGCUCGAGCACAACGAGAUCGAGACGUUGACGGACGGUUGUUUCGGCUCCCUCACCAAUCUGCACAUGCUCACCCUGUCCCACAAUCGGAUCGCGAGAUUCGACCCCUCGCACACGAUCGGCCUCACCACCCUCAACCAACUCUUCAUGGACGCGAACAAAGUGAGAGCCCUUCACCGUCACGUGUUCGACAAUCUGACCGGCCUCCAAGAUCUCUCGCUUAGGGGAAAUUAUCUGACCGAGAUCCCGUACGCGGUGCGCGUGCUGCGCUCGUUGAAAACGCUCGACCUCGGGAACAACCACGUGUCCAGAAUCGAGAACGACUCGUUCGCCGGUUUGAGCGAGUUGUACGGGUUGGGGCUGGUCGACAACAAGCUCGAGAACGUGUCGCGCGAGGCGUUCGCCGCCCUGCCCGCGUUGCAAGUGUUGAACCUGGCCAACAAUUACAUCCGUCACGUGGAGCAGAGCGCUUUCGCGGCCAACCCCGUGUUGCGCGCCAUACGGUUGGACGGCAACCAGUUGACGGAGAUCCGCGGCGCGUUCACCAGCCUCUCCACCCUCGUCUGGCUGAACGUGUCCGACAACAAGCUGCUCUGGUUCGACUACAGCCAUCUACCGGCCAGCAUAGAAUGGCUGGACAUACACGCGAAUCAGAUAAGCGAGCUGGGCAAUUAUUACUCGGUGAGGAACACGCUUCGCAUAAAGAUGCUGGACGCGAGUCACAACCAGAUCGGGGAGAUCGGUGAGGCGAACGUGCCCGACAGCGUGGAGACCCUGUUCCUCAACAACAACAAGAUACGCGCGGUCGGGCCGGCCACGUUCUUCCAGAAGAGGAGGCUUCAGAAGGUGGUGUUGUACGGGAACGAGAUAAGGAGUCUGGACGUCGCCGCGAUAUCCCUGCAAACGGUGGCCGACGACGCCGAGCUGCCCCAAUUCUACAUAGGCGACAACCCGAUUCUGUGCAACUGCACGAUGGAGUGGUUGCCGAGGAUCAACGAGAUGGCGGCGCGUCUACGCCAGCACCCCCGUGUCAUGGACCUCGACUCGGUCACGUGCGAGAUGGUGCACGCCCGCGCCACCCCCCGAAGACCGUUGCUCUCGUUGAAGUCGAAGGACUUCCUGUGCCGUUACGAGGCCCAUUGUUUCGCCCUGUGCCACUGUUGCGACUUCGACGCGUGCGACUGCGAGAUGACCUGCCCGGACAAUUGCUCGUGCUACCACGACCACAGCUGGUCGAGCAACGUGGUCGACUGCUCGAACGCAGGCUACAACCACGUCCCGGAGAGGAUCCCCAUGGACGCGACCGAGAUAUACCUGGACGGGAACGAGUUGGGCGAGCUGGGCAGCCACGUGUUCAUCGGCAAACGCCGCCUCGAGGUUCUCUACCUGAACAACAGCGGGAUAUCCGGGAUUCACAACUUCACGUUCAACGGGGUGGGCGCGUUGCGCGUCCUCCACCUCGAGGACAACGCGCUGCGGGAGCUGCGGGGCUUCGAGUUCGACCAGUUGGAGAGGAUGUCCGAGCUGUACCUGGACCACAACGCGAUCGCUACCGUGGGCAACACCACGUUCAAGAAGAUGAGGAACCUCGAGGUGUUGAGGUUGGACAGCAAUCGCAUCGUCAACUUUCGGCCGUGGGAAGCGUUGCCGAGCGUGGGGGACAGCACGAGGACGGUGGUCGCGUUGGAGGGGAACGCGUGGAGCUGCGAGUGCGGGAACGCGGCCAAACUGCGCGGCUGGUUGGCCGAGCAUCGAGGCGACCCCGAGAAGAUGUACUGCCGCGACGGGGUCGAGACCCUGGCCCAGGCCAUGAAGCGCUGCGGCGACCCGUCCACGGAGGCCGUGAGCCGUGGAAUCCAGGAGAUCCCUCUCCUCGGCGGCAACCUGGUCCCGCUCCUGGCGGGCGCGCUGGUCGCCGUCAUCGCCAUCUCCCUCUUCGUAGCCCUCGCGUUCGCGUUCCGCCAGGACGUCCGCCUCUGGGCCCACGCUCGCUACGGCCUCCGCCUCGGCAAGAUGAGCGCGCCCCCCGACGAGGAGAGGGACAGGCUUUACGACGGUUACGUGGUGUACAGCGAGAGGGACGAGGACUUCGUGUCGAGAUUUUUGGCGGCCGAGUUGGAGCAGUCGGGGCUCGCCCUCUGCCUCCACUGGCGGGAUUUGCCGCCCGCGAGGGCGCAGGAGGCCGUGCCACCGGCGGCGGCCGCCGCAAGGCGCAUAGUCAUCAUCUUCUCGCCCGUGUUCCUCGCCAACGAGUGGCAGCACGCGGAAUUCCGUGGCGCGUUGAGGACCGCUCUCGAGAACAUAAGGCCCGGCUCGAGGAAGAGGCGGGUCGUGGUCCUUCUCGCGACCGAGGCGCCCGCCCGCGACCCCGAGUUCCAGUUGCUCCUUCAAACGUGCACCGUGGUCGUGUGGGGCGAGAAGAGGUUCUGGGAGAAGCUGCGCUUCGCCAUGCCCGACUCGGUGGGCAAGAGGCGAGACGGUAGCAAGAAGGUGAACGACCGAAAUCGGAAACCGGCGCGGUACACGGCCGCCCCCUCGGCCGGCGACGCGUGGACCAAGCCUAAUGGCGUUUUGGUCGCGCCGGUGCACGCGCCCACGCCCACGCCCACGCAGUCCACCUAUGUGAGCUCGGCGAGCAGCAGGACCGAGGACGAGGACAGCGGCGCGGAGCACCAGCACCAGCACCACAACCAGCACCAGCACGGGGGUUACAGCGCGUUGCACGCGGGGGGCGCGAGGCCCGCGAGCCUCUCCUCGAGGGGCAGCCAUCUUUACAGCACGAUACCGGAACCACCGGUCCCCACGGCGCCCCCGGGCGAGGUCUUGACGCAUCCGGCCAAUCCUCGUACUUACUUCGUCUAGUGCGAACGCUCGACGAUCGUCCUCCUCCACGCUCGUUCCGCGCCGCCGAGUCGGACGCUGGACUCUGAUGGAGAAAGAGAGUGAGAGAGAGAGAGAGAGAGAGAUGGUACGUCGUUAGGAUAUAUUUGUACAGUUUCGUUCGUUCGCUCGCGAUAGACGACGACGACGACGACGACGACGACGACUCGUCCCGGUCUGUUUGCUCUUCCACUAGAAUCGGCUAUAGAGGGGAUCUUCCCUCGGGUUCUCGUCACGCUCGCCACGGAAACCCGAACGUGGAGGAUCGUUUAUGCAGCGGGGGAGGGGGUUGGUUAUCGCGUCGAGAGUAUCGCCUCGCGAGAAAGUGGUUUCCAGGGGACGCGAGGCGAUACCCCCCCUUCUCUCCCCCGACAACACUCUUUUCGUUUAAUACCAACCGUGAUGUUGAUCGACGAUAAAUCGGGAGACGGGUUUACUCGCUACGUUCGUUUCUUCGUAACGUUACGAAGCGCCCUCAUCCGCUCGUUAUUUUUUUAACUCGUGCUGGGGCAGAGAGAGAGAGAGAGAGAGAGAGAGGGAGAGAGAGAAAAGUGCGCGAACAAGAAAAAGCAUUUUGGCGAUAACUUGGCGGUCGACGAGAAUCUUCUUUAGAAUCUAAGAUGAAAUAAACUUAGAAUGAUGAAAUAAAGAAAGAAGGAAUAAACCGCAAGGAUGAUUGAAAGUGGAUCACGCGAAUGUUCUUCUUAGUUGUUGCACAUCGGAUACGCUUCGAAUUCGUGUUCGAGCAUCUUGUGUUCGAGGAAGGAAGAGUUCGAAUCUCUCGAAAAAUCCGUCACCGGGGCUUUUUUGCGAUGUCGAGAGUUUCGAUCGCGCUUGAAAAAUAACUCUGCCGGCCUCCUCGCACGAGCGUCCUCGUCGAUUUCACCGCGACCGCACACCUCGAUCGAUCGAUCGCGAAUUUUCGCCUUCUCUCUCUCUCACUCUCUAUCUCUCUCUGUCCUCUCCUCCUUUUUCUUUCGGCGAACCAACCAACGGCAACGAUCGUUAUAUUUAUUUUCCAUUCGUUCAACGAUUUGACAAGUCUCGAGCGAUUUGUUCCACGAUUCUCGAAUCGCGUUGCGCGUCCGAUUUUGACGGGAGAAUGAAAAAGAUCGACCGCGUGACGAUUUCGUCUCCUUUUCUUUUUCUUUUACCCCUUUUUUAAACAGGCAUGUGAUACAUGUAUGAUUUUCGUUUAUCUCGUGAAUUUAUAUCGGCGUUGUUGUCUCUCCUCGUAUUUUUUUUAUUUUCUCGAAAUAGUUAGAAGACACUUUUGACGCAUUUAUUGUUAUUAUUAUUAUUUUUACUAUUCGAAAGACGAACGAAAAAAUUCGCGAUAUAUUUCUUUCCUUUUCUAUUUAAUAUACGCAUGAUUGCUUCGUCAUCUACGGAAUCGUUCUCUCCGAAAAAAUCGAUUUUCUAUUUUUCUCGAACACAAUCGUAACGGGAUUACGGGAUGGAUUAAUAUAUAGUUCAAAGAUUCCUAUUUCUUGUACCGAGCAUAACAAAUCUCUUCGCGCGAAACGUGAAACGUAAUCCACCUCGUUCUCGUUGAACCGAAAAAGAAACCGAGAAAAGAGAGACAGAAAUAGAGAGAGAGAAGGAAAGACAUAUUUCUAAAAAAAAAAAAAAAAGAAAACAGCGGAAUAUUUGAUUCGAAAUUAAUUUUUAUUUCCCCAAGACCGUUCGUUUACCUUGAACGAUCGAGCGUUUUCCCCCUCCCCUUCUUUCAAGGCGGAAUUUUAUAUUUUUCCACGACAGAGAAAACGUUCCGAUCGAGGAGCUCGAGGAUUCGUCGAAAACCGUUCCAAAUCCCCUCCCGUUUCACCGAUGAUGAGAGAGAAAAGACGAGAACGAUACGCGCCGUGCGUGCUCCGAAUCCCGAGGCGAGCUCCACUUCGUACUAAUAUCUUUAUAUAUUAUAUUUUAAUAAAUCUUUAUAUUUUUCUUCUUUUUUCCCCUCCAACCUCGGGAGACGACGCCCGCCUAUGGUUCUCAUCCCCUUCGUCGUGUUCGUUUGUCAAUUCGUUAGCUAGGGAUGAAAAUGAAAUUUAAUCGCGAAUUACGUGAAAAUUGUGACAAAGAGAGAGAGAGAGAGAGAGAGAUAAGAUAAAGAAUAUGCGCGCGUGUCUAAGAGAGAAUGAGAGAAUGUGAGGAAGAAGACGCGUCUUUUAGACGUAUACAUAUACGAACAUAUAUACAUACACGCGCAUACACACACACACACACACACACACACACACGCGCGUACACACCUCGUUCCUAAGAUUCACGACUGUCUUUUUUGGGAAAAAAGCAACGGUCGCCAAACGCUUAUUAGUUUGUAAGUGGAUGAUCCUCCUGUAAAUACUGUGUAUAAUCUAACGUUGUAAAUAAUUCACGCACACUUUUCGAGCACGUCAAAGUGGCCAGAAACACAUGUACCUAUAUAGGGUUUAUAACUGGUCCCCGGGGGAAAAAAAAUAUCUCGGCCUCUCUCUAAAAAAACUUGCGGAUUUAUUAUUGAUUGUAUUGUAUCGUUGUAAAUACGCUCAUCGGAUCAAACAAUAUAUGUGUAUAUAUAUAUAUAUAUAUAUGUGUGUGUGUAUAUAUUAUAUAUAUUUAUAUAUACGUAUAUUGUAUUCACGAUCUGUUACGUGAUUAUUAAAUUAAUUGCCACUUUCC